CGCCCCCCUCUAUGAAUCCAACAUGGCGGCUGCCAUGGAGCUGAGAUGCUGGGGAGGAGACUGGGGUUUACCUUCUGUCCACUCCGAGUCCCUCAUAGUUCUGGCAUACUCAAAGUUUGCUGGGGCAAAAGUCACAGUUUCUCCUAUAGACUGGACAUGGAAGACUCUAACAGCAACAGUCCCAGAGCUGCUGUGUGGAGACGCUGCAGUUCAAGAACCAUCACAGAUACUCAACUUCCUGAGGAAACAGAGGUAUAACGCAGACUAUGAGCUGACAGCCAGACAGGGAGCAGACACCAUGGCUUACAUCGCCCUGCUCGAAGAGAAACUGCGACCAGCUCUGCUGCACACGUUCUGGGUGGAUGCAGAAAACUACGCCAAUCUGACACGGCCAUGGUUUGCUUCACAUUCGCCGUUCCCACUUAACUUUCUGGUCCCCUGUCGCCAUGCCAACACCGCUCUCUCCCGCAUCCUUCUAACCAAAGGAGAGGCGCCUCUACACAGAAUCACUGAGGUGGAGGGGAAGAUCUACAGUGAUGCUAAAGAGUGCCUGAAUCUCCUCUCGUACAGACUGGGGACAGCGAACUACUUCUUCGGCAACUCGCCGACCAGUCUGGAUGCCUACGUAUUUGGUUUCGUGGCCCCCCUCAUCAAAGCCAAUCUUCCCAGCAGCCCUUUGCAGAGCCACCUCAAACAGCUGGAUAACCUCAUGAGCUUCUGUGACACCAUCCUCGCGGUGUACUUCAGCUCGGACCACCCUUGUCCUCCCCCGCCAGUUCAGGAAACAAUGGAUGCAAACCUGCAGAAACUAACUCAGCUUGUAAACAAAGAGUCCAACUUAAUAGAAAAGAUGGAUGAUAAUCUUCGCAGCAGCCCUCAGCACAAACCGCACAGACCAGACCCCAAACCCAGUCUGCUCAGCGAGAAGAACUCCUCCCCUGCCUGACCCUUCACCCUGCAGCCCUGAUCCAGCCUUAUGAAUCCACGUGGAACCGCCCAUAGAUGAAAUGUGCUCUGACUCAACGUUCUUAAAUAUGAAAAAAAACCAUACUGACAGAACUGAACUGCAGCUUCUGCAGCAUGAAAGGGAAAAUAGCUUAAUAAUUAAUGGAAGUCUGACUAUAUAACUAUAAAAAAGACCUUUUUAAGGCAAGAUAAUGAUGAAAGAUUUCACAGAUGUUCAUAUGAAAGCGAAGAAAAGUGCUUGUGUGAGGUCUUUAAAAAGGUUUAGUGCAUGUAUGUGGUAAAGAUGGAAUGCUAUGAAGUGGUGCCCAGUGAGAAAGACACAGACAGCUGACGGAAACUUAGAGUUGAAUAUGAAAAAACACAAAAAUUGAAAUUCCUAAGGUAAAUACUAAGUUAAAGAGACAUUGGUGGCUAAAGUAGAACGGUGUGGGACUAGAGCACCUUAUUUCACCAUUGAAGAAACCUCAAGUUACUCUAGUUUAUAGAUCUGUGUUUUUAUCAUGGAGCAGACAUGGAUCCUAGUAUCUACUCUAAAAUCUUCUGCACAGUAAAUUCUAAUAGAAUUUGAAGUAGAUGAUUAUGUACAGUAUGUAUGCAGUCAGACUAUAGGAAUAACCAAUUGCUUGUAUAGUUGUAAAUACUUUCAUGAGUGUCCUCUAAUGGAGUCGACCAGCUCUUUCACAAUCAUUGCUUCGGCCUUGAACUCCACAUCAUUUCCAGACGUUAUCUGUACUUUUCUUUUCACAUAUGAAGAACGCAGCCGGAGAUUUUUGGCGAGUGUUGGCUUCUGUGUAUAUCAUGUGGGGACGUUAUAUAUAAAUUCUGCUGCAUGUUUUUGUUUAUAGCACUUUCAUGCAGGAAUCUGCCCUUAUCAUCAAAAGCUCUUGAAUCUCGUUGUCUUUCCAAGUUGACAUCUUUGUGUUUGUUGUGUUUUUCACCCUGAGAUAUUUGUGUUUUUUUUGUUUUGUUCAGUGAUGCAACUGCCGCCUGUUAGAAACAACAUCAACAUGCUUACUUGCAGGUGCUAUAUUCUCCUGACCUUUUCCUGCUGUAGUCUCACACGGGCUCACUCGGACAUUCUCUAGAUAUUUAACUCGAGGGGAUGGCUGGAAAAGCUCCAGAGAAUGUCCGGAGCAACUGUCUGUGACAUUUGUGUUUUCACAUACAGCCCCUCUGGAUAAUUUUAGGAGAAUAUGUGGAGUUAAGUGCAGGUCUGAACGCAGCUUUAGAUACACUGAGGUAAUGGAAGGGCUCUACAUACUUUAUAAAUGUGUUCAUGCAAAACAUUUGGGACUAACCACUGUUUCUUUCUAUCAUUUCCGUCUUUAUUGUGUGAGAUAUUCUGGGUCAUUAACAAUCCACUCACUUCUGUUGUUGCCAUAACUUUUUUAGGACCACCUUUUAUGUGUUAUUAUUUGUUAUUCCUGUUUAACAAACAUUCUGCUCAAACUGAAGUGUCUGUCCUGUUUGGGAAAGACUCAUUUGCUGCCUUCUGUUUUCCCUCAUUAUUACCGUCUGAUUAUCUAGAUUGGACUGUAAAAUGAGUUGCCUGUUUUUCUUCACAUGUCAUGUUCCCAAGUGUCCUCGCAGCUCAUAUCAUUACUGAGUCCACUCUGUGUGCGUGUUUCUGUCAUGAUCCGUGUCCCGGUUAAAAAUGUUGAUACUCAAAAAGAUUUUUUUGCUUUUGCAGCUUCUAGAAAAUACUUCAUGGACACCUUUAAAGCUCCAUACUCUGAGAAUAAAGAGUUCACUGGUUUGUGUGUGUGCGGUGCAGAGGCUUGUGAGGAUCAUUUGGGGGCAGUGUGCCUUCAUGACUGCUGGUGUCAACAUUGCUGACCUUCACUGUUUUGAUACAUGGUCAUUAAAUAUAUCUUUGUCAUUUCUGCUGCCGUUGUCCAUAACCUGUUCAUGGUUGGAAACCAUAUAUUAUUAUCUCAUUAAAAAUAAUAUAUAAACU